AUAAGAACCCACUUCUCUAUUCAGAACCUGCGCCCCCCUUGCAGCACUCGCGACCGCGACGUUGUUGCACGAGUGCGUCCGCAAUGACGGCACUCGCAGCAGCAGCAGCUCCGGCAGCGCCGGCGCCGCCGCACUUCGUCCUGGUCCCUCUCCCGGCGCACGGCCACCUCAUCCCCAUGGUCGACCUCGCGCGGCUCCUGGCGUCCCGCGGCGCGCGCGCGAGCCUGCUCACCACACCCGUCAACGCCCGGCGGCUCCGCGGCGUCGCCGACCAGGCCGCGCGCGCAGAGCCCAAGCUCCUCCUGGAGAUCAUCGAGCUAUCCUUCUCGCCGGCGCGCUUCGGCCUGCCACCCGACUGCCAGAACGCCGACAAGAUCGCCGACAACACCCAGAUGCUCCCCUUCUUCCUCGCGCUCCGGGAGCUCGCGGCGCCGUUCGAGGCCUACGUCCGCGCGUUGGUGCCGCGCCCGAGCUGCAUCGUCUCCGACUGGUGCAACCCGUGGACGGCCUCCGUCGCCGCCAGCCUCGGCGUCCCGCGGCUCUUCUUCCACGGCCCGUCGUGCUUCUUCUCGCUCUGCGACCUCUUGGCGGACGCGCACGGGCUGCGCGAUCAGGAGUCGCCGUGCUCGCACCACGUCGUGCCCGGGAUGCCGGUGCCCGUGACGGUGGCCAAGGCCAGGGCCCGCGGCUUCUUCACCUCCCCCGGGUGCCAGGACCUGCGUGAUGAGGCCAUGGCGGCCAUGCGCGCGUCCGACGGCGUGGUGGUGAACACCUUCUUGGACCUCGAGGCGGAGACCGUGGCCUGCUACGAGGCUGCUCUCGGCAAGCCGGUGUGGACGCUCGGCCCGUUCUGCCUCGUCAAAUCCAACCCCGGCGUCGGCGUCAGCGAGAGCGCGAUCACCGCGUGGCUGGACGCGCAGGCGCCCGGCUCCGUCGUCUACGUGAGCUUCGGCAGCGUCACGCGGAAGCUCCCGAAGCAGCUGUUCGAGGUCGGCCACGGGCUGGAGGACUCCGGCGCGCCGUUCCUCUGGGUGGUGAAGGAGUCGGAGCUGGCAUCGCCGGACGUGACGCCAUGGCUAGAGGCCCUGGAGGCGCGCACGGCGGGGCGGGGCCUCGUGGUGCGCGGCUGGGCGCCGCAGCUCGCCAUCCUCUCGCACGGCGCCGUGGGGGGAUUCGUGACGCACUGCGGGUGGAAUUCCCUCAUAGAGUCCAUCGCGCACGGCGUGCCGGUGGUGACGUGGCCGCACUUCGCGGACCAGUUCCUGAACGAGCAGCUGGCCGUCGACGUGCUCGGGGUCGGCGUCCCCGUCGGCGCCACGGCGCCCGUGAUGAUCUUGUACGACGACGCGGCAACAACCGUGCCGGUGCUGCGGGGAGACGUCGCGCGCGCUGUGUUGGCGCUCCUGGGUGGAGGGGAGGAGGCGGAGCGGAGGAGAAAGAAGGCCAGGGAGUACGCGUCGAAAGCUCGCGUGGCCAUGGAGAAAGGAGGCGACUCGUACGAGAAGCUCACGCAGCUGCUCGAAACCUUCGGGCACGGCGGUGGAGGCGAAGAACGUUGGAACAACACCGUGGCGGCUUGAUGUUGCAUUGUGCUGCAAUCGAUUGCCUAGAUUCUUCAGCCUUUUUUAACGAAAUGUACAGGUGUAUUAACGCAUCGAGCUGAUGCAAAUAACUAAAUAAACUCGGCUCCUGCAACAACAUUGCGACAAAGCAUCGAGUAUGUAUUCGGUUCCACGCAUGCAAACACUGCUUAAAAAAGACUCA